AUGGAUUAUGCAAACAAAGGUAAUUUAAGAGGAAACUUAACAAGAAUAAUCAAAAGAGAUUGGAAUCAAAAAUUGUAUAUGUUAUUUGAAAUUAUUUAUGGACUUAAUGGCAUACAUAGCCGAGAUCUUAUUCAUUGUGAUUUUCAUGAUGGUAAUAUUUUAAAUCAUAAUGAGAAUAAAAUUUAUAUUAGUGAUUUAGGAUUAUGUAAACCUGUAAAAUCAUAUUUGAAAAAAUAUGAUAUUUGUGGUGUUAUACCAUUUAUGGCACCUGAAAUUUUAAGAGGCAAAUCUUAUACUCCAGCUAGUGAUAUAUAUAGUUUUUCUAUAAUUAUGUGGGAAAUUACAUCUGGAAUACCACCAUUUAAUAAUAGAGAACAUGAUAUUCAACUUAGUUUAAGUAUUUGUAAAGGUGAACGUCCUGAAAUUAUUGAAAAUACUCCACAAUGUUAUGUAGAUUUGAUGAAAAAAUGUUGGAAUGAAGAUUCAUCAAAAAGACCAUCAUCUAAAGAAGUGUUGGAUAUUAUUGGUAAAUGGAUUUUUCGUCCAGAUGAAGUGAAAGUUGAAGAUAUUAAUGAAGAAUUAAAAUGCAAUAUUAUGGAAUUUAUAAAUGCACCAAUUGGGCAUAACAAUAGUCUUACUACUAAAUCUCAUCCACAGGCAUGUUAUACAAGUCGCUUACUUGAUUUUACUAGUAAACAAUUGAAUGAAAUUCUUGAAAGUGAAGUUUCACAAGCAAGUGUAAAAGUAAAUGAAAUGCUAGUAAGUAAAGAUUUGGAUGAUUAUAUAGUUAAUUUUAAGUCAUUAGAUGAAAAAUAAGUGUUUUUAUAAGAAUUUAUAGUUUUUU